CCUUCCCAGAGAGUGUGCUCGUGCUCCGUCCACCGGCGACAAUGAUCUGCCUGUUUCUGUCCAUAUUUGCUAACAUCUUUCAGUCAGGGUGGACUGGGGUGAAUGAACGCACCUUCAUUGCUGUGAAACCUGAUGGCGUGCAGCGGAAACUGGUGGGAGAAAUUGUGCGUCGCUUUGAGAAGAAGGGAUUCAAGCUGGUGGGCCUCAAACUUAUUCAGGCAUCGGAGGACCUUCUAAGGGAACAUUACUGGGACCUGAGGAGUAAACCCUUUUUCAGUGGACUGAUAACCUACAUGAGCUCAGGACCAGUUGUUGCAAUGGUGUGGCAGGGUCUGGACGUGGUUAAAACUGCGCGUAAGAUGUUGGGAGAGACCAACCCUUCAGACUCGCUGCCGGGAACUAUCCGGGGAGAUUACUGUGUGGAAGUAGGCAGGAAUGUGAUCCACGGCAGCGACUCUGUGGUGAGCGCCCAGAAGGAAAUCUCUCUGUGGUUUCGUCAGAACGAGCUUCAAUGCUGGGAGGACAGCAGCAGCCACUGGAUCUACAACUGAUGGUCUAACAAUCCACUGUCUGCACAUCUUCCUCUAGGUAAACCAGUGGGUUUUUUUCAUGUUAGUCUCAUUACAAGAUGGAUCACAUCAUACCUCAGAGGAAUAUUUUGGCUUUAUUAGCUUGUAGCCACAUGAGAUGCCGUGUCAUUGCUGCCUUGCUGGAUCUCUCGCUGCUCCUUUUUUUCAUACAUAUUUGUAUCUAGAAGUAGAAGUAUUUCCGAGGUGAAAUGAUUUUACGAAGCAAAAAUGCACUAAAUGGGCAAUAACUUGACAGUGUUGGCUUCUGUUACAGUUUUCAUUGUAGUUUUUGUUUAGUCAAGAACACUAGCUCAUGUUUACAGUUUGAAGCAAUAAGCUUGGAUUUGAACCAAUAAAAGGUCAGGAUUCAUAAGGUUUCAUUCAAAGGUACAGGAAACUUCCACAUUUUUUCCAUAUCAGUACACAGGUGAAAUAACAUCAAAUCGCCUCUGUGCCAGUGAUGACUAUGGCUGGAUGACUCAAUUAAAUACAAAAAUACGAUAAAAUGCUGAAGAUCAACUUCAGUGUGACAUCAUAAUGUUCUGUGAAAACACUUCUGGCCAUUAUUCAAAGCCAUAACACUGAACAGAAGGGGAGAUAGUGACCAUAUUUCCUGCAGUUUGACUGGUCUGCAGAGGCAUAAAACAGCAAGGCAGUGAUUCUAAGGUAAAAAAUUUGCCAAAUGUGCACGUUUCUUCUGUAAUAGUCCUUGCAAUGAAAACCCCCAAACAUGGGAGCAGUUGAUAAACAUUAAACAACACCAUUAUUGCCUUUUUGCACGAUGAUUUUCAGUUUCCUGUACCUUUUU